AUGACACGAUACCUAAAUGAAAUAGUUUUUUUGAGAUUAUUCCGAGGGACACUAGGAAAACAUAUACAAAGAUUUAUAGUAUUAUGUCUCAUUCUGUUGUUCUUUAAUUAUGUGCUGAUCACAUUGAAUAUUAAUCAAGAUCCUUAUUUGCAAUAUGGUGUAAUAUUUAAGGAUGAAGGACAGUCCAUUAAUACAUUUAAUAAUUCCAUCACAUCGGAGUCUCAUAAACUAUUAGUAGUAAUAGUUUCUCAUGUUACCGAAAUUAGAACAAGAAAAUUAAUUAGAGAAUUCAUGUUUGGUAUUAAAAAUAAUUUGAGACCAUGCAUGGAACAAAAUGGAAACAUCUAUUAUAAAUUUUUAGUGAAAAUUUAUCAGGGAGUUAAUUAUAAGAUAUUAAAAGAGUUUAAAGCAGAAGUUAUGGAAUAUGAUGACAUUAUAGAGUUUCCAAAUAUAACAUUUAAUGUUGAUUGGCAAAAGAUUGUUCUUACUUGGAUUCAAUCGCUUGAGAAUGAAAUCUCGUAUGAUUAUGUAGCAAUUAUUGAUUCGCAUUCUGUAGUGGACCUUAAUAAACUACGACAAAUUAUAGAUUCAUCUGUUAUUAACACCUACACCUUGACACCUAAACAAAAAUUUUAUCUAGUUUGGGGUCGCUUUGAUAUCCAAACAGCAGAUGAUAUGUUCAUAAUCCUUGGUCGAGGAUCCAUAGAUAUUUUACUUAAUUUUGACUAUUUCAUUAUGCCAAAUAGAAAUAAAACUUUAAUAGAAUUAUUUCCUAAUCGAAUUUCAAUGGCUUAUUACUAUUUCGAAGUAGAAAAUCUUACUGAUGAAAGAAAAUUAUUUUUCAUCAAUGAUCAGAUUGGAAUGAUAGAAUGGACAAAUUCCGUCAAAACCAUUCCAAUAGAAGAAACAAUAGGAGUCGGCCACGUAUAUCUAGAAAUUGACGUAAAAGAUUUAAUAGCGCACUUAUCAAUCUCUAAAUCUACAAUAUGUCAUCCUAUUAAACAUGAAAAUGGUAAAUUAUCAAUAGCAUUAGUAACUAGUAGUUUCAUAUAUGAUGAUAUGUGUAUGUAUCCUAUAGCAGACAAUAUAACAGAUAACAAACGCAGAUAUGCCAAAAAACAUGGUUAUUCUUUUGUAGCACGCUCUGAAGAAUACACUCAACAAAGAUUUUUUAAGAAACGAAAAGAUGUCUGGGGAAAGAUUGACGCUAUUGAAAAGGUUUUACCUCACUAUGAUUGGGUUUUUUGGAUGGAUAUGGAUGCUGUCAUUGCGAACCAUGAUAUUACAAUCGAACAAUUGUUUGAAAAUUUUGAAAAAAUGGUUGGAAAAGAGAAAUUUAAUGAAAUUAGUUUUGUAAUUGCUAGGCCCAGAGAUGAUAGCAUGGUAAGUGCGGGUGUUUUUCUAAUUAAGAAUUCAGAGUGGAGUCGAAAGUUUUUGAGAGAAACUCAGAAACAAAGAAAAUAUUAUAAUUAUGGAUUGCGAGAACAACUUGCAAUGGCUGUUCUGAUGCGAAGAGAGGAGUAUAAGAACGGAGCACUUUAUCUUAAUGAAGAUGACCGUACGUUUAACACAUAUCCGGAUAGAUAUAUUCCAGGGGAUUUUGUGGUUCACUGGGCUCCAGAUUAUAAAUGCCCAGCAGAAAAUGUUUUAGAUGGUAUUAAAAAGCUUAAGAAAUCAAUCAGAGGAUCAGAUUCUCCUUUAAAAAUUUUAAAAAGUAAUCGUUUUAAAGAAAAACUUCUUGCAAUCGCAAUUUUGAGCAAUUCUAAAUCAGUUUUUCACAGAAAUGAGCAAAGAGCAAGUCAAUAUAUUUAA